UACACUGCAGCAGAGUGAGUCAAAUGACAACUGUAGUUCAGGUUGUGAGAGACAGCAAAUCGUGAAGUCCUGUCAUGCCUAAAACAGAAGGAAAAAGCUCAGUGUUCUUAACUGAAUCAGAAUUCUCUGAGGAAGAAACCUCCGCUCAAGACAGUGACAAUAACCUGAAAGAAUGUGAGGGUCGAGCUUGGAGCAGCAAGACAAGUGAGAGUUCCAGCUGCCCCAGUGAAGUGGACGAUUUAAAGACCAAAAGGAAAGCACGGCCAGUAAGGUCCAAAGCAAGAAGGAUGGCAGCCAAUGUCCGGGAGCGGAAAAGGAUCCUUGACUACAAUCAAGCUUUUAAUUCUUUGCGUUUGGUUCUAAAACAUGAUCUGAGUGGCAAGCGUCUGUCUAAAAUUGCAACUCUCCGUAGAGCUAUUAACAGGAUCUCCACUCUUUCCAUGCUACUGCAUUCUAGUCCUGUGCAAAGGUGGUCUUGCAACCACUCAGAAUGCCAUGGCCAAGGCAAUGAACAGAGCAGUAUAGAACCCAAAGACAAUUGUCAGGCACUUCGAAUUUCUCAGGAUAACCAUACACUACCUUGUGAGCUGGAUUAUGAAGAUAAUGCUCACUUCCAGACUUGCACUUCUCCUCCCAUCUCCAGAUAUUCACCAGACACACAGCUUUUUCUUCACCAGACACAGUGCACUAGUGUAAAAGAGGACAUUUUUGACCCAAACCCUAUAUACUACCCCAGUGGGAACUACCAAAUUGGGGUCAGGACUGCCUGCCAUUCGAACCACAUAGAGAACUUUACAGAGUCACCUUCUGUUCCAUUUCAUUGGCAGCUCAGCUACUUCCCAAGCCCAGGACAUCAGCAGUCACUUCCCAUGCACUGAAUGUGAAUUUUCUACAUGCCUUGUUAAAAAGCAGAUAAGAAAGUCAGAAUUUCAUUAUGAAACAUAUUUAAUCUUAUUAUUAUGAACUAUUUUCUGACUGCAAAAUGGCAGAUACUGAAUUCCAAAAAGGAAUUAAGGUGGGAGAAAGAGAAGACUUGUAAUAAACACAAUGUGUUUCUGCCAUUAAAGUAUUAUAUCUUAAGUAUUGUUCACAUUAUGGCUCAUUUUUAAACAGUUCAGUGUUGCAUUCAUCUUAUCAGGACUUCAAAAUUUAGAAGGACACAUUUACUUAACCAGUUCUUCAAACAAAAAAACAUUUAAACAGAGAUGGGUAAGCAACUGUAAAUGUUACUUUAUAUUUUUGUUGCAAGCCAUUCAUUUUUUAAUGAAAAUUACUUUUUGUACCACCACACUUUAUCAAGAAAGAACUGAAUUAAUUUGCUUUCAUAAAAAAAACAGAGUUGUCAGACCUGUCAGAUGUUUCAGAUGUCUUCUGCAUUUUACUCCUGUCUGUAUGCAUAAUGUGAUUCAAUAUAACAGCAGUGUAAUAUUCUGUAGAACACUACAGCAAAGCAACCUCUGAGUGAAACUGUAUAAAUCACUUCCAUGGAAAAGUACUCUCAGAAAAAUCCUGGCUACUGAAGUUACAGAGAAACUCACACAGGUGAA